GGGGCCCGGGGGCUCCUGGGCGCGGGCAGCCCUCUGCCCUCUCGGCCACUACCACAUGUAGGUGGCACUGAGGAGCAGCAAGUGAGGCCAGAGAGGGCCCUGAGUGGGUCCUCAGAGCCCCAGGUCCUUCAGGAUGACCUCCCAGUUAACCUAGCAGAGGCACUUCAGACCAGUCAGCCUGAGGUCCUGAGGAUCAAACUGGAGCUGGAUGGUGAGAGUCACAUCCUGGAGCUGCUACAGAACAGGGAGCUGGUCCCAGGCCGCCCAGCCCUGGUGUGGUACCAGCCUGAUGGCACACGGGUGCUCAGUGAGGGCCACACUCUGGAGAGCUGCUGCUACCAGGGACGAGUGCGGGGCCACGCUGACUCCUGGGUCUCCCUCUGCACCUGCUCGGGGCUCAGGGGCUUGGUGGUCCUAUCCCCAGAGAGAAGUUAUACUGUGGAACUGGGGCCUGGGGACCUUCAGCAAUCUCCCAUUAUCUCCCGGAUCCAAGACCUCCUGCCAAGUCACACCUGUGCCCAGCGCUGGCAUGCAUCUGUGCCCACUCAGGCUCCACCUGAGCUGCCCCUGCAGCAGCCCCACAGCAGCAGGCGGAGGCGGGACGUGGUGACAGAGACCAAGAUCGUCGAGCUGGUGAUUGUGGCUGAUCACGCAGAGGUCCAGAGGUACCCGGACUUCCAGAGCCUGCUGAACCGCACGCUGGAAGUGGCUUUCCUGCUGGACACAUUCUUCCGGGCCCUGAAUGUACGGGUGGUACUCGUGGGCCUGGAGGCCUGGACCCACCGUGACCUGGUGGAGAUCAGCCCGGACGCGGCCAUCACACUGGACAACUUCCUGCACUGGCGCCGGACAGAUUUGCUGCCUCGACUGCCCCACGACAGCGCUCAGCUGGUGACUGGCGCGUCCUUCUCUGGGCCUCUGGUGGGCAUGGCCAUUCAGAACUCCAUCUGUUCUCCGGACUUCUCGGGAGGUGUGAACAUGGACCACUCCACAAGUAUCCUGGGAGUUGCCUCCUCCAUAGCCCACGAGCUGGGCCACAGCCUGGGCCUGGACCACGACCCCCCCGGGAACAGCUGUCCCUGUCCAGGCCCCGCUCCAGCCAAGAGCUGCAUCAUGGAGGCCUCCACGGACUUCCUGCCAGGCCUAAACUUCAGCAACUGCAGCCGGCAGGCCCUGGAGAAGGCCCUGCUCGGUGGGAUGGGUGGCUGCCUCUUCGAACGGCUGCCCGGCCUGCCUGCCAUGGCCAGCUUCUGUGGAAAUAUGUUGGUGGAGCCGGGCGAGCAGUGUGACUGUGGCCUCUCAGAGGAAUGCUCCGAUCCCUGCUGCGAUUACUUCACCUGCCAGCUGAAGCCCGGGGCACAGUGUGCGUCCGACGGACUCUGCUGUCACAACUGCCAGCUGCGCCCAGCCGGCUGGCAGUGCCGCGCGCCCAGAGGCGAAUGUGACUUGCCUGAGGUCUGCCCAGGAGACAGCUCCCAGUGCCCCGCUGACGCUGGCCUGGGAGACGGCGAGCCCUGUGCCGGCGGCCAGGCUGUGUGCAUGCAUGGGCGUUGUGCCUCCUAUGCUCAGCAGUGCCAGUCGCUCUGGGGCCCCGGGGCCCAGCCUGCUGCUCCGCUUUGCCUCCUCACAGCCAACACUCGGGGGGAUGCCUUUGGGAGCUGUGGGCGCAGCCCCAAUGGCAACUACGUGUCCUGCACCCCUAGAGAUGCCAUUUGUGGACAGCUCCAAUGCCAGGGUGGUAGGGCCCAGCCUCUGCUGGGCUCAGCCCGAGAUUGGCUCUGGGAGAUCCUGGAAACCAACGGGACCCAGCUGAACUGCAGCUGGGUGCACCUGGACCUGGGCAGCGACGUGGCCCAGCCCCUCCUGACGCUGCCCGGCACAGCCUGUGGCCCUGGCCUGGUAUGCAUGGACCAUCGUUGCCAGCCCGUGGAUCUCCUGGGGGCACAAGAAUGUCGGAGCAAAUGCCAUGGGCAUGGGGUCUGCGACAGCAGUAGGCGCUGCCACUGUGACGAGGGCUGGGCACCCCCUGACUGCACCACCCAGCUCAGAGCAACCCGCUCCCUGACCACAGGGCUGCUGCUCAGCCUCCUGUUGUUACUGGUCCUGGUGCUGCUCGGUGCCAGCUACUGGCAUCGUGCCCGCCUACGCCAGCGACUCUGCCAGCUCAAGGGGCCCAGCUGCCAGUACAGGGCAGCCCAGUCUGGCCCCCCAGAACGGCCAGGACCCCCGCAGAGGGCCCUGCUGAUGCCAGGCACUCAGGCUCAGGCUCGUGCUCUCGGCUUUCCGGCUCCCCCCUCCAAGCCGCUGCCGCCUGACCCUGUGCCCAAGAGACUCCAGGCUGAGCUGGCUGACCGACCCCAUCCCCCCACCCGCCCUCUGCCAGCUGACCCCGUGGUGAGGCGCCCGAAGUCUCAGGGGCCUGCCAAGCCCCCGCCCCCUAGGAAGCCACUGCCUGCCGACCCCCAGGACCGCUGUCCAUCAGGUGACCUGCCCGGCUCAGGAGCUGGACUCUCGCCCCUAGUGGUACCCUCCAGGCCAGCGCCACCGCCCCCAGCAGGCUGCUCGCUCUACCUCUAACCUCUCCUGAUGUCCCGCUGCCUCCGACCUGGACUUGGGACUUAAGGAAGCGGACUCGUCCCUGGGGGUCCCCCACUGUGACUGAAGGAGCAGGAGUCAAGACACCGAGCACCACGUGCUUUGAAGCAGCACCCUGGGGACCUGCCCACGUGGUUGCAGCCGGGGGUUGGGGAGCGGCUGAGGGAGCUGCGCACAGCCUGUUUCUGUUCAGUGGUAAUAAACGUGAGAUCUCGGAGCGCG